AAUUUGGCUAAAAAUGUUCCAUAAAUACCUCAAAACUUUGCUGUGUGUCAUAUGGACCCUCUACAGCCCGGCGUAUGGGAAGGCCCAUGCUCAGCUGGAAUUGCCACCACUGCCGACACCAAGACCAGAAAUUUACUACAAUGGUUAUACGGUCUCCACUACCCCAGCCCAGGCUUUGGGUGAUUUAGAUCGAGAUCAACGGUUUGGACCACCCUAUGCGGAUGAUGGUAAUGGGGAUGAUGGGUCGGAUGAUUUUAGGAAUGGCCAGACCUAUGAUGAGCGCAUGCGUUACGGUUUCAAUUAUCGUUCGAAUUUCACCUUCCCCUCCGAUUCGCCGUUUAGCGAUAAGAAUGUCUACAACACGCAGACGCUGUUGAAUGAUCGCUAUGGCAAUCGUAAUUAUGAUAAUAAUCCAUUGAAUCAUCAGACCUAUAAUGAUCGGUAUGGGCAGAAUGCCUUGAAUUUGGCAAAUCAACAACAGCAGCAGCAACAGCAACAAAACAAUCGUUACAAUUAUGCCAACAACAAUGGAAAUAAUUUUGCGGGCGGGGUCACCCCACAACCACCCAUAAUUUUCAAUAACCCCUCAACUCCGGUGAAUUACAAUCCUUCAACACCCCCGCCACCACCACCACCACAAUCUGGAUAUAAUCCUUCCACACCAAAUGGUUAUAAUCCUCCCGUGACAACUUAUAAUCCCAACAAUCCCAGCAAUCGUUACCCCGGCGACGGCAAUCGUUUCCAGAAUCCCUACGACCCAAAUCAGGAUCGUUUCAAUUUAAAUCAACAAUUCUACGAUCAGCGACAACGCUUCCAAAAUGAUCGAAUCUAUCAGUUGGAGUUGCAAAAAUUGCGAGAUCUAUUAGUGGAAACUGAUCAACAGGGAUCGCGGGAAUGUACCGCCAAUGUGGCAGCCCAGUGGAAUUUCGAAACGAAUGUCAAUGAAUUUACGCAAACGGAGGCGCUCAAUGCCCAACAACGUUAUGUGGAAUUUCAACGUUUGGUUGCGCUGCAAUCUCGGCAAAUAAAUAAGGAGUUGAUUUUUGAUCGUCGCCUAUAUCGUCAAUUGAUGCUGCAAUCGGAAGUGGGUCCCAAUGCCCUGCCGCUGGAGUCUUUGGAUAGGUACAACCGCCUCAUAAAUGAAAUGCUCUAUAUCUACAAUGGAGCCACGAUCUGUGCCUAUCAGCAGCCGUUUUUAUGUAAUUUACGUUACAUACCCGAUUUAAAGGAGAUAAUGUCCAAGUCACGAGACUGGGAUGAGCUGCAGCAUACCUGGGUGGAAUAUCAUCGCAAAGCUGGCCGGGAGAUGCGCGAUGGCUAUGAACAGCUGGUGGAUGUGAUGAAUGAGGUGGCCCAUGUGAAUAAUGUCACCGAUGGCGGAGAGUAUUGGUAUUUGGCCUAUGAGUCGAACAAUUUCCGCCAGGAUGUCGAUAAUGUCUGGGAACAGAUACGACCCCUCUAUGAAUCCCUACAUGCCUAUGUUCGUCGCCGUUUACGUGAAUACUAUGGACCGGAGCGGGUCAACCGCAUUGCUCCCAUACCCUCACAUAUUUUGGGCAAUAUGUUCGGCCAAUCAUGGUCGAAUAUUUUGGAUAUUGUCAUUCCGUAUCCGGGUAAGAAGUUGAUUGACGUAACACCUCGAAUGUUGGAACAGGGUUAUACGCCACAGCUGAUGUUCCAAUUGGCUGAGGAGUUUUUCACUUCGAUAAAUAUGUCUGCUGUCGGGCCGGAAUUCUAUCAGAAUUCUCUGAUAGAGCAGCCACUGAAUCGUCGAGUGUUGUGUGAACCCUCCGCUUGGGAUUUCUGUAAUCGCCACGAUUUUCGAGUGAAACUCUGUACCGACAUCAAUCAGAAGAGUCUGAUAAGUGUCCACCAUGAAAUGGCCCAUAUUCAGUAUUUCCUGCAGUAUCGUCACUUGCCCAAGGUGUUUCGGAAUGGAGCCAAUCCGGCCUUCCACCAGGCCGUGGGCGAUGCCAUUGGCUUGUCCGUAAGCACUCCCCGACAUUUCCAGACUCUGGGCCUACUUCAAAGAUCUGUGGAUGAGAGUAGCUAUGACAUCAAUUAUCUCUUUACCAUGGCCAUUGACAAGGUGGCAUUUAUGCCAUAUGCCUUGGCCCUGGAUAACUGGCGUUAUGAUGUCUUUAGCGGGAGAGCCAACAAGCAUAUGAUGAACUGCCAUUACUGGAAUUUGAGAGAAAAAUAUGGCGGAAUAAAACCUCCAGUGCUGCGUUCGGAGAAGGACUUUGAUCCUGGUGCCAAAUAUCAUGUUCCCGCCAAUAUACCAUAUAUCAAAUAUUUCGUAUCCAAUGUCUUGCAGUUUCAAAUCUAUCGUGGCAUGUGUCGUGCUGCUGGUCAAUAUGAUCCCAAUGAUCCGCGAAAACCUCUGCACAAAUGUGAUGUCUAUCGGCGCCCUGAAGCGGGCAAUUUAUUAAAGGAAAUAAUGGCCAAAGGCUCCUCACAACCGUGGCAGGAAAUCAUGGAAGAAGCAUUGGGCGAAGGCCGCCUAGAUGGCUCGGCAUUGCGUGAAUAUUUUGCCCCACUCGAGGAAUGGUUGCGUUUGGAGAAUUUACGUACCAAUGAAUAUGUUGGCUGGAAUUAUGACGGCGAUUACUGUAAACGUAGCAUAGAAACGGCCAAUCUUCAAGUCUUCGGUGGCUACUAUAAUCAUGGCCAAUCAUCGCUGGUGUCGAAUCUGGGCUACACCAUGGUCUUGGCGUCUGUAAUUUCGUCAUAUUUACUAGUAUUAGUUUUAAUCAAGUGGUAAUAUCAAUUUGUAAAUUCAAGCUAUUAAUGUUAAAUGACCAAAAAACGGAAUGAAUUGAAAACAUUUAGCAAUUAUUUUUGUUAUUUAAUACUAAAAAAAAAACCAAGUCAUUUUAAUUCACUUGACUUAAAAGUCAAUAAUAAAAUUGCAUAAUUUAGUUUGUAUUGGCGGCAAUUCUUUGAAGGGGUGGAUAUUCGGACUAAGAAUUUUUUAGACAUUUUGAAUUAUCCUUUGCAUAUUUUUUGAAUAUAUUUAAAAAUCCACGGUUAUAGAAGGUCCUGAAAAGAAAUAUUUUUAAAAACCCCCGUUAUAAAAGGUCCUCAAAAGAAAUAUUUUUAAAAAUCCAUGAUUAUGGAAGGUCUUCAAAAGAAAUAUUUUUAAAAUCCACGAUUAUGGAAGGUCCUCAAAUGAAAUAUUUUUAAAAAUUUACGAUUAUGGAAUGUUCUCAAAAGAAAUAUUUUUAAAAACCCACAAUUACGGAAGGCCUUCAAAAGAAAUAUUUUUAAAAAUCCACGAUUAUGGAAGGUCCCCAAAAGAAAUAUUUUUAAAAAUCCACGAUUAUGGAAUUUCCUCAAAAGAAGUAUUUUUAAAAACCCCCGUUAUAGAAGGUCCUCAAAAGAAAUAUUUUUAAAUAUCCACGAUUAUGGAAGGUCCUCAAAAGAAAUAUUUUUAAAAAUCCACGAUUAUGGAAGGUCCUCAAAAGAAAUAUUUUUAAAAAUCCACGGUUAUAAAAGGUCCUUAAAAGAAAUAUUUUUAAAAACUCAGAAUUAUAGAAAGUCAGUAAAAAAUAUUUUUAAAAAUCCACGAUUAUGGAAGGUCCUCAAAAGAAAUAUUUUUAAAAAUCCACGAUUAUGGAAGGUCUUCAGAAGAAAUAUUUUUAAAAAUCCACGGUUAUACAAGGUACUCAAACAAAAUAUUUUAAAAAAUCCACGAUUAUGGGAGGUCUUCAAAAUAAAUAUUUUUAAAAACUCACAAUUAUAGAAAGUCAGUAAAAAAUAUUUUUAAAAAUCCACGAAAUCCACCAAAAAAAUAUUUUUAAAAAUCCACGAUUGCAGAAGGUUUUCAAAAUAAAUAUUUUUAAAAAUCCACGAUUAUGGGAGGUCCACAAAAAAAUAUUUUUAAAAAUCCACGAUUAUACAAGGUACUCAAAAUAAAUAUUUUUAAAAAUCCACGGUUGUACAAGGUCCUUAAAAGAAACAUUGGGAGGUCCUCAAAAUAAAUAUUUUCAAAAAUUCACGAUUAUGGAAGGUCCUCAAAAGAAAUAUUUUUAAAAAUCCACGAUUAUGGAAGGUCCUCAACAGAGAUAUUUUUAAAAAUUCACGACUAUAGAAAGUCCUCAAAAGAAAUAUUUUUAAAAAUCCACGAUUAUGGAAGGUCCUCAA